GCAAUCCCGUCUUCUCAGGACUUGUCUAGGUAACGGCCAGUGCGAGUAUCACGAUCGAUGAGAUAUCUUUAGGAAGGGAAUAAUUCCAGAGACCCAGAAUCCGAACAUCGAAAGCAUUAAUUACUACGUAAAUUCCUUGCAGAGUUAAGACAGCUCCAUCGGUGUCAAUAGAACUCGAGUUCAUCCGGGCUGUUGAACGCCGAGCAGCUGUAUAGACUUUCCUCUCUUUACUGCGGUGAAGAGAGCUUCAGCCUGGUUUGCCGUGGCACUGUUCGAGCUUUUGGAACCUAGAAUCCUCACUAUUAAUACUACAUUUCGUCGUCACCGCAGCAGGUCCCACCCCUUUCGCCGCAUCCCUCUCUCUGUAUCUGCAUCUGCCCUUCCGUCUGGCCGUUGUUUAACAACCGUCGCCCACCCGUACGAAUCCCGCGAACCCACAAACCUUGGGAAGCAGCGCAUCAAUUAUCUCCGGACGGGAACUGACGACACCAUGGUGGCUCCUCGCAAAGCCGCUUUCGCGGAAGAAAGUGCAGAAGUGGAGGUGCUUUUUGCAAAUAUGGACAAGUUAAAGAGCUUGACAAAGAAGAUACAAGGCUCCGUCAAUCGGUUGGAAACGAGCGGCAAAAGUGUACAAGAUGCCAUUGCUCCUAUCUACAGCAACACGCAGAAGCUCCAGAUCGCGAACACAAAUAUUGACCGCAUGAUCACCGCCAUCGAUCGAGUCCGUGAACCAUUGAACCAGCGUGGUAGAGAAGACCAAGUCAUUAAGGCUGGGCCACGAAAGGUCGGUAUGCAAGACUACAUAGCAUCACUUGAUAGGACAACCCAAGCUCUUGCAGGCCUGAGGCAGUCCAAUCUGAAAUCGAAUCAGAACGCAAUGGCGGAGCUGACCUCCCUGAUAAAGAUGGGAACAAAGCAGCUAGAAGAUGUCUUCAGAGACAUGCUUCGAGAAGAUGCAAGGCCGCUUGAGCCAUUGCAGUAUAUUACAAAGGAUAAGUCUUUUCCAACUCUACCUGAAGACAAAUCUUCCCAAUUUAGGAUAAUACACUCCCACACCGCUGCUUCAUACGCGCAAACGUCUUCAAGAGAUAUACGGGACACCCCAACGAUAAAGGUGUAUUCCGAAAUUCGCGGAGAAUACAUUACCAUCUGCCUUCGAAAUCUAGCAGCAGCUUCAAUAUCCACAGCUCGUAAAGUGACUGCAGAUUCUGUUUAUAAGAAAGGCGACAACGGCAUAGGGCACUACGCCAAAGCUCUGGAAGGUCUAUUCAUCGCCGAAUAUGAAAGUAUAUGUCCUGUAUUUUCACGCGAAGAAUGGGGAAUCGUCUUCACAGCUACCUCUCAAAAUGCUCUCAACGAAUUCACUAAAACUCUACAGACACUCAACACACAUGUCAUCAACAACCUAAACACCGAUUGCUUUCUAGGAUACGAGAUUAUUGAAAUCGUCUCUAAUCUGUCCAUUCGGUUAGAAUCACGCACCGGGGAGCUCAAACGGCCGAUAGCUGACUCCUUGAAACCCGUCCGAGAAACGUCCAAAUCAUCGCUUGGGAAGCUUCUCGACGAUACGCGGAACCGCAUUCAGAGUCUUGUUGCCUUAUCAGCAGAUUGUUCAACAGUCCCCGUGACGAUAGAGACUAUGACUAGGUUGCAAAAUAUGACCUCUUAUCUCCCAGCGCUCACCUCGAUCAUGACGUCGUUAGGAGAUGGUGGUUGGAACUCAUCCGCGACCGCAUCAUCGAACUCAAUACCAACGAUGAAGUCGUUUGAUGUUGGCGCUGACGGCCAACAGCUGUUUGCUCACUAUGCCUUGGAUACAAUUGAUACACUUUUGUCGAACCUGGAGAACAAGUGUCGCGUGUUGAUCAAAGGCAAACAUCUACAAGGAAUCUUUAUAGCCAAUAACGUCUCUAUCAUUGAUCGUGCUAUCCGCUCGUCUGAGCUGUCCUCGCUUUUGACUGCUGUUGGACCUAAACUUGACAGUUGGAAGAAGAAGAGCGAAAACCAGUACAAGGACUCGUGGCAAGAUAUCAUGAAGAUCUUGAUGUCCGACACCAUUUAUACCAACCGCGGGGGGAGACCGCAUUCGGGCAGCGUUAGUGGUGCAGGAGUCGACUCUACGACAGUCGUCAAGUCUCUGUCAUCAAAAGACAAGGAUGCUAUCAAGGAGAAGUUUCGCAGCUUCAACAAUAGUUUCGACGGCUUCCUCGUUCAGCACAGGGCCCUAAAGAUGGAAGCGGAUGUACGCGCAAGUAUCACUCGUACCCUUCAAGAGACCAUCGAACCUCUUUAUUCAAGGUUUUGGGAUCGUUACCAUGAGAUUGACAAGGGAAAGGGGAAAUAUGUCAAGUACGACAAGCCUGCUCUGGCCAGCGCGCUAAAAACCUAGAUAUCUCACGCGCAGUACUGUUUACAGGAUACCCAACUCAUGUGCAUACUUGGAAAUUCCAACCAGGCGCUUAUGCAUAGAUCCAUGUAUGUUAUGUUAUGAUGUUCUACUGUGUACGUAAGGGCCUUCACUUCUCCUUGCCUGCCGACUCCCGAGUGGAGUCGCUCUGCUCUACAACAUGGUUAUUGUUGCAUGGUCCGACGUCGCCAGCAAUACUAACUUCUAAGGCUUCAACCUCGUG